AUGGCUUCUGAUAAUCCUAUUGUUGCUCGUUUGGUUUUUCAAAGAUGUACAAAAGCUAAACUACUUCUAACCGAAGAUGAACCUAAGGAUGAGUCAGAUUUUAUAGCGAUCAACGAGGGCCUAUUAGUUUUUAUCGCAAUUCUUGGUGAUAUUACUCCCAAACUUCAAAAACUGGUAAAAGCAAUUUGUACUACCCAAAUUUGCGAAAAGGAUGGAAAAUACGUUUCCAUUCUCGAUUUCCCCUGUGAUGUCAUCUUGAUUCCUCAUUUCUGUCUUGGAGGACGCCUUAAAGGCAAAUCGUUUCAGUAUCACUCCAUCGUUUCAAAGGAAGAAGCUGAGCGUUAUUUCAAGCUAAUAAAUGAUAGCUGCAGUAAUUUCGCAGCCUCAAAUUCUCAUUGGGUCUCCUCUGGUCAUCGUAUUUAUGCCGGUGCCUUUGGUAUUCGACAAAAUCUGACUGUUCAUAGUAAUGGACCCUUCACUCAUGUUGUCGAAAUAUAG